CAAGAUUCUGUAACUUUAUGCAAGCUACAUUCAAGAAGAUCAUCCGAGAGAAAAUAGUAAUAAAGAAGUUAAGCUAACCAAUUUUGUAGCAAAUUGGCUCAAUUAUUUAGCAGAUCAAUAGCACCUAAUAUUAGUGAAUGCUUUCAUAAUUUCUAAAUAUUUGAUAUCUACAAAUGAUUAGAGUAAAUAGACUGAGCAUCAUAUCAAGGGAAGUUUUGGCUGUCUAAUUUAUUGAAUUAUAUCAAAGAUCAUGAGAAACGAAGUUAAAAUCAAAAUACUAGGAAUGGUUGAAAAGAAGAAAAACUGAAUUAGAUAAGCAGUAAUUUUUGAUUAAGUAUUUAAUUUUUAAGAAUCG